AUGAAAGCUGAUUAUGAAGAGCACGACGCUAUUCUGAUCGCUCGUUGCAUGAUGCAGAUCAAGGCAAAGUUUGAUACUGAUGAAGGUCUGAACUUCAUUCAACAGGAUUACAUCAACCAAGGACUGAAGAAGUUUGGUGAUGAUGGAAAGGAUGCUGUGGAUAAGGAAUUGAGAAAAAUGCUCCUGAGAGAUUGUUUCACUCCUGAAUUUGUUAAAGACAUGACCGCGUCUGAGCGAAAGAAGCGAGAUUCGGGUGGACCUCAUGCGCACAAUCCAAAUGAUGAAUUCAGAGCUGCAGGCCAACAACAAGAGAGUGGGGAAAUUGGCCAUGGCCUAUGCAGAGCAGCACAACUUGAUCCCAAAAGGACAACAUGGGUCUCGCAAGCGUCACCAGGCCAUUGA